AUGAGAAGAGAGAGUGGAUAUUUUUAUGAAAAUAACAUUUAUUAUUUAAUUUCAUUUGUUUAUAGUGAAGAGACUAUUUGUGGUGAUGGAGAAAGAAAUUUAUUUUAUGAAGAGUGUGAUAGUGUUGCUUUUUGUUCAAAUUGUAAAUGUGAAUAUGGAUAUUCUUAUGAUAAAGAAAAAAAUGUAUGUAAUCCACAAUGUGAUAUUAAUGGUUGUUUGAGUGGUUGUGAUGCUUCACAGUCAUGUUCAAAAUGUAAUAUUAAUGAAGGAUAUUAUGAAGAUUGUCAUGGAUGUCAAAAUGGUUAUUUUCAACAAGGAUUUAUGAAAUGUAUUAAAGUAACUGAUGAACUAAAAGCUACAGUAAGAAGUUGUAAAAAAGUUAUAGAAGCAAGAGACUUAACUUAUAUUCGUAAACUAGAUUUUAUUAGUGGAACAUCUAAAAUUUUAAAUUUAAAAAAGAGUGAAGCAGUUUUGUCAGUAGAAAAUUGUUUUGAUAGACUUGAAUCAAAAACACCUUAUUCGUAUGGAUUUUGGUUUGAAAUUAAUACAAAAGAAGAAGGAUAUAUUUCUAUUGAAACAACAAGACAUUAUUUUAAUUAUGUUAUUGAUUAUUAUAUUCUUCAAGGAAAAGAAAUUGGAGAAGAUACGCGAAUUACAAUAUUAAAUAAUUGUAGAGAUGAUUUAGAACCAAAUACAUCUGAAGACUGUGAAUUUGAGAAUGAUGAUAUUGAUUGGUAUAUUCUUGAUUCUCAUGUUAUUACUCAUGUUGUUCCUGGAAUUCCAAAAUAUGUAUUCAUUUCAAUGGCAUUUGCUGAUAUAUUUACAAAAGACCCUAUUGUUUUGUUCACAUUUCAAAAAAAUGCAUGUGGUUCAUUUUAUGAAGAGGUUCUUUGGAAUGAUAUUAUAAAUGGAUCAAGUAUUAAAUUGUUGAAAAGAUCAAAUAUGUUUCCUUCUACUAAUAAAUGUAUUAACACUCUUCAAUAUGGUUCUUGGUUCUUGAUCAGAGGAGUUGAACAAUCUAUAUCAAUCUCUACAUGUGAUACUGAAAAUGGUGUUAAUGCUGGAUUUAAUGUGAUAGAAGUUGAUUCUGGACUGAUUAAUUCAACAUUAUCUUGUUCAGAAGAUAAUCCAACUGCAAAAUGUGUUGCUACUGGUUCAAAGAGUUGUGGGAAUGGAGAUACUUAUCAUUCAAAAGCUAUAGUUUCUUUAAAACCAGGAAAGAAUUAUUUUAUAUUUUUGACAACAAAUACUUGUAUGUGUCAUUACGGAUAUUUCCCAAUGUUAUUGAAUGGAACAAUUAAAUGUUCACUAAAGACUUGUGGAAAUGGAAUUGUUGAUGAUGGAGAAGAAUGUGAUGGAGGCAUUGGGUGUGACCACUGUAUUUGUAAAGAAGGAUAUAGUCCAUACUAUACACCAAGAAAAUCUUGUUUAUCAAUGAUGUGUGGUAAUAAAAUCCUUAAUGAUGGAGAAGAAUGUGAUGGAGGAGAUGGAUGUUAUGAAUGUGAGUGUCAAUCAGGAUGGUACAAAACUGGAGAUACAUCUUGCCGUUCAUUAGAAAUUGGACUUUUUUUAAAGAUAGAAACAAGUUCUGGAGUAGUUUUAUAUAUAUUAGUAUGGUUAUGUUUAUUAAUUAUAAUAAUGUUUAAAUAUAAAAAAUUAACAUUAGAAAUUAAAGAAGAAUGGAGAGCACAAACCGAUUUACCAUUUUUGGAAAGUACAAUUAUUCCAUUUAAUAAAACAAACUCACAAAAAAUUGAUAUAAGAACAAAUACACAUUACUUUGAGUUUGAUAAUCCUUUAAUCAAUUUUAAGGAUAUUGAUAAUAGAAUGGAAGUAGACGAACCUGUUCAAACAACUGUUGAAUUAAAAAAUAAUUAUAAAGAAGCACUUUAUUUUACAUUUCAUUGUGGAGAAUAUCCAAAGUAUGAUAUUAUGUUCAGUCCAGUAAUUGGGACAGUUAGACCUGGAGAUUCUAUUAUAAUAACAGUUAAUUUAAUAGUCAAAUGUACUACCAUUUUAAAAGAACGUGUUCCGGUAACACUCCGGUAUGGUAAAUUAAAGUCUAUUUUAAAAGAAAUAGAAAAGAAUAAUCCUGAAGUACUACAAAUUAAUUCAAGCCAAAAUAGUGAUAUUUCAGAUGAAUUAAGAAAUAAAAGUGAUACGACAUCAAGUUAUUCUACAGAUAAAGGUCAUACAAUAACAAAGAGUAGUUCAGGGAUUUCAAAUGGAAGUGGCCAAAGUAAAUCAAAGAAAAAUAAAGAGGAUAGAUUAAAGGGUAUUCAUAAAUUCCAUGUUUAUUUAAAUCUUCAAGUUGAAUCUGCUCUUUCAACAAAAUUAGAUUAUGAAGAAAUUAAUUUAUUCCAUCCACCUAUUGGUUCUGGAACUUUUGGUAUUGUUUAUCGUGCAGAAUGGAGAAAGGUUGAUGUUGCAGUUAAAGUAUUAAAAACAGAUUUAGUUGAUUUAAAUGAUUUAUUACCUAACUUUAUGCAAGAAGCAGAAAUGAUGGAAAGAAUUAGAUGUCAAUAUGUAAUAAAUUUCAUAGGAAGUGUAGUGUCAAGUGAUACACUAUGCUUAGUAACAGAAUUUUGUCCAUUAGGGUCAUUAAGAAAAUAUAUGAAAACAAAUCCAAUGAGUGAAUUUUUAAAAACUAGGUUUUGUCAAGAUAUAGCACGUGGAAUGGAAUAUUUACAUGAAAAUGAUAUUGUUCAUCGUGACUUAAAAACAGAUAAUAUCUUAGUUUAUUCAAAUAAUCCACAUGAUGCUGUAACAAUUAAAGUUACUGAUUUUGGAACAUCAAGAUCAUUUAUUGAAUCUUCAGGAAAUAUUGCAUUACAAAAUAUUGGUACUCCAAUGUAUAUGGCACCAGAAAUAUUCCAGUUAGAACAAAUGACAUUAAAAUCAGAUGUAUUUUCGUUUGCAAUUUGUAUGUUAGAAAUAUGGUUAGGAAAAGAACCAUAUGACUCAGUAAAAUUCCCAGACUCAGAAUCAAUUUUAAAAUUUGUAUGUUCAGGAAAAAGACUUCCUAUUUCAGAUGAUUGUUUGGUAAAAACAAUUAUUGAACAAUGUUGGGCACCAAAACCAAAUGAACGUCCAACAUUUAAAGAAGCUGGAAACCUUUUAUUACCUAUUAUUGUUAAUUUAACAAAUACUAAUACAAAAAAAAGUUCAACUAAAACAGGAGGAAGUAGUCAUUCUAAUGAACAAAAUAUAGAUAUACAUAAAAGAAAAUCAUUUUCAUUACUAAAUAGUUCUGAAGUUUCAAGUGAAUAUGUAUCAAUUAAUUUAAGUAAGAAAGAAAAAGAUAUAUCAAUUAAUGAACAAGAAAUAGAAAAGUAA